AUGUCUCCGUUUGUGUAUAAUGACUCGAACAAUUCGAGCACCCAGCUUACACCCCAGGAAAAGAACGCUGACGAAGCCAUUGCCAUCAUUGGGUACUCAGUUAAUCUUCCUGAAGCGAGCUCGGUCGAGGCAUUCUGGGACUUAACUGUGGCAGGCCGGUGUGCUGCUCGUGAGUUUCCACGAGAUAGAGUAAACCACGAAGCAUGGUGCGAAGGGAAGGGGUCAGUACAAGGGACGAUUCGGCCGAAGAAGGCUCAUUUCUUGGAGACUGAUGUAUCCUUGUUCGACGCCCCCUUCUUCUCCAUUACUGCCGCCGAGGCGGAUGCCAUGGAUCCGCAGCAACGCGGCCUCCUUGAAACCACCUACAAGGCACUCGAAAACGGUAUGUUCUCCUCGCAGCUAUUACUUCGCGACCAAACAGCCUCUGACAACUCAAUAGCUGGUAUACCCAUCUCAAAGAUCAGUGGCACGAAUACUGCGGUAUACACUGGCAAUUUCACCAUGGAUUAUACCAUGAUUAGCUCAAAAGAUCCGGAGUUAAUUCCCAAUUACACGUCCACAGGCCUUGCUGGGACGUAUCUCUCCAACAGAUUGAGCAACUUUUUCAAUCUCAAGGGGCCUAGCAUGACCAUUGACACUGCUUGUUCAAGCAGCCUGGUCGCCUUUGACCAAGCUUGUAAAGCACUUUGGAGGGGAGAGAGUUCCAUGGGCAUUGUUGCAGGGUGUAACCUUGUCUAUGCCCUUGAUACCACUAUAGGCCUAUCUCGGAUGGGGUUUCUCUCUCCUGAUGGAGUAUGUUACAGCUUUGACGAGCGUGCAAAUGGCUACAGUCGUGGCGAGGGCUUCGCCGCACUAAUAAUCAAGCCAGUAUCCGCCGCGAUUCGGGAUGGAGAUCUGAUAAGGGCCGUCGUGAGAGCUACCGGAACUAACCAGAACGGCACCACCAGCUUGGCGCAACCUAGCAAAGAGGCCCAAGUGCAUUUGAUUGAAGAUACUUAUGCCUCGGCGGGAUUAAGCUUGUCCCGUACUCGAUACGUGGAGGCCCAUGGAACAGGGACUUCCAAGGGAGACCCUAUCGAAGCUGGCGCUAUUGGCGAAGCUUUUGGACAUUAUCAUGGCAGGGAUGAUCCGGUUUAUGUUGGCACAGCAAAGGCCAGCAUUGGCCAUACCGAAGGGACCAGCGGCCUAGCAGGAAUAGUCCGAGCAGUCAUGAUUCUGGAAAAGGGUAUAAUUCCACCCAUUGCCAAUUUGCAAAGGCUGAACCCUGCCAUCGACGCCGAGUUUCUCAAUCUCGAGUUUCCUACAGUGUGUCGCCCUUGGCCUGGAUCUGGCCUUCGCCGGGUUUCCGUAUGCUCCUCCGGCUUUGGAGGAACCAAUGCACAUGCUGUCCUGGAUGAUGCUCACCAUUUUCUGCAGGAGCAUGGCCUAAAGGGAACCCAUUACACCACGGUUGACCCGCAAGUAAGACUUGAGCAAAAAUACUCUCUUCACUGUACCAACGGCGUCUCAGCCGACCGCAGUGUGGAGGAGUAUCGUAGUCUUCAGCGCCCUGUCGCCAACAGGUUGGGGUUGGGCGUCCAGGACCCCCUUUUGCCUCCAAUCCCACAACUUCUUGUUUGGUCAGCUCCAGAUUCGGCUGCAGUGAAAAGAGUUUUGAAUUCGUAUGAAGCCUACCUAACAGAUUCAUUACAAUCAGAAAGUGCCGACAAUGGUAAUCUCGAGUCUCUUGCUUUCACUCUUAGUGAACGAAGGAGCAUGUACCCAUGGAGGUCAUACGCAGUUGCAGAUUCUCUUCCUUCUUUAUCAAAAGCUAUUUCCGAAAUCCCAGCUCCCACCAAUGCUCAAAAUCGUCCGAGAAUUGGAUUCAUAUUCACCGGCCAGGGGGCCCAAUGGCUUGGCAUGGGAAAAGAACUCCUGAUGUAUGACGUCUUCUGCCACAGCAUCAAGAGGGCAGAGUCCUAUCUGCAAAGCUUGGGAUGCUCUUGGAGCUUGAUAAAUUGCUUCACCACAUUUGAAGGUUCAAUGAACCUGAACGAUCCUGCGCUGGCCCAGCCUGCAUGCACAGUCCUUCAAGUUGCGUUAGUGGACCUUCUCAAAUCCUUCAACCUCCUGCCUUCAGUUGUUAUAGGGCACUCCAGCGGAGAAAUUGCUGCAGCCUAUGCUGUAGGUGGGAUUUCAUCUGAAGCCGCAUGGCGACUGGCGUAUCUCCGUGGACUUUUUUCGAGUGAGCUCGGCCAAUCAAGGACGAUAGAGGCCGGCAUGAUCUCUGUUGGCACAUCCCUCGAGAAGGCGAAUUCGUACCUUAAAGGGAUACUGGCACAAAGCCCUGGAGGCUUGCUAUGUGUCGCUUGCAUUAACAGUCCGAAGAACGUAACAGUAUCGGGAAGUCGGCGUCUCAUCAAUCUCCUCAAGGCUCGCUUGGACCAAGAUGAAGUGUUUAAUCGAGUACUUGCAGUUCCCGUGGCAUAUCAUUCGCCGCAAAUGAAAAUGAUUGCCACCAGAUAUACCACUAGCAUCGGAAAACUAGACGCCGGAUUCCGGGACCACAAAGAAGUCCCUAUGAUAUCAUCAGUGACUGGCCAUAUCGUGCCUUUGGAUGUGCUUACUGACCCUGAAUACUGGGUGAGGAACUUGACCUCACAGGUCAAGUUCUUCCAAGCAGUUGAGGUAUGCUGCCAGAACUCUACAUCUUCAGAGACCAAAAAGAUCGAUCUGAGCCACCGAAGGGAAGUGAGCGUUACCGAUCUACUCGAGAUCGGCCCUCAUUCCACACUCGCAGGCCCAAUUCGAGAAAUCUUGAGCAACGUUUCUGUCUCUCGGAAUGUCCGAUACAGCUCCUGUCUCAUCAGGAAAAGGUCGGCUAUCUUCACCUUGAUGGAGACAGCAGGGAUGUUGCACUGUGUCGGCUUUCCGCUCAACAUCGACCGCGUGAAUUCUCUCAAACAGUCACUUAAGCAUCAUCGCUCGGUCCUCCCUUCCCUUCCAGCUUAUCCUUUCGACCACUCCACAUCGUACUGGAGGGAAGGCAGGAUUAGUAAGCAGAUUCGUCUUCGAGAUCACGGAUUCAAUCCUUUUUUGGGAUCACCUGUAGCCGACUGGAACAACUCAGAGCCUAGUUGGCGCCACUUCCUAAGCGCGGCCGCGUCCUCACCAACGGCCUGGAUCCGCGAUCACAAGAUCAAUGGCGACGUUCUAUUCCCGGCCGCGGGCAUGCUUGUAAUGGCCAUGGAAGCUGUUGUUCAAGUCACGAAGCAUUUUGACCAGAAGUUGACAGCCUUUGAAUGCAGAGGAGUUGAAUUUCUUGCUGGUCUUGCCGUGCCAGAAGAUGAAGAGGGAGUCGAAGUGACUACUCGACUGGUUGAUCUAGCUCACAGCCCAAAUCGGCUAGAUUCUGGCUUCGAGUUUCACAUCCAGUCUCAUCACGGCAAUGCCGUUACAAGGAUUUGUCGAGGCACCAUUGAGCCCAUAUUUGCAGAAACUGCCCCAGCCCACCUCGACCAUAUCCAAGAAAUCGAAGCAGCCCAAGAUAUUGCUGUGAAGAAUGCUUCCCGGGCUCUUCAAAACUCGACUAAAAACGUCAAGGGCCAUACGCUUUACUCUCGUCUACACAAGUUUGGCUAUCACUUUACCGGCAGCUUCCGUCGCAUUACGCACGCAUAUUGGGAGGGAGUGGGAGAAUGCGUCGGUGAUGUUUCCUUAUUCGAGGAUCCUUCUGGAGCCCUACCAGCAGUUAUUCACCCAGCUUCACUUGACGGCGUGAUCCAGGUCAUGUUACCCGCUAUAACCGCUGGAGGAAACGUCAAAACGCCCACCAUGAUUCCAACUAGAAUUGACCGACUAUGGAUUGCGAGAGAUGGCCUGUUGCCAGAUUCAAGCAUCCACCUGCAAGCCCAUACACUGCGGCGGUUGACAAAUCACCGGACGCAUCAGCUUGAUUGCUCUGCUGUUGAUAAUACAAAUGGAUUGCUCAAGGUUCAAAUGAAUGGUCUCGAGGCAACGUCAAUCACAACUGCGGAUGAUUCUGAUUCAGCCCAAACUCAUGCCCGACAGCUCUGUUACAAAAUGACAUUCAUGCCUGACAUCUCCCUGAUCGAUACUGCCCGUCUCCGCAAUCUCUUACAAGGUCAGGCCCAACAAGACGUGGAAGCUGCCCUAACUUGGACAGACAUUGAGCAACUAGUGGCGGUCUCGGCAAAGAGGAUAUCUCAGGAGGUGGAAGAGGACAGCAUUCCUUCCCACCUCCCUCACCUACGAAGGCAGUUAGAAUGGAUCAAACAAAUAUCAAGUAGCAUAAAGAGCCCGCUUGACACUCUGGAGAAUAUCCGCAAACGAGUUGAAACUCGCGGCAAGAUUGGACGGCUCUAUCUGGAGUUUCUAGAUUGUCUGCAAGACAUUCUCCAGGGUAGGGUCGACGCUCUUGAGUUUUUGAAUCAAGACAACAAUCUCCGGACAUACUAUGAUUACAACACCGACUCAAGCAGCUUCUUCGGUCCCUUGAGCGUUUUCAUGAAGCUCCUUGCUCACAAGUCGCCAUCCCUCAAAGUUAUCGAGGUUGGUGCCGGGACCGGCUCAACAACGCAGCGCAUACUGGACAUGCUUACGACGAAGACGUCGUAUGGAUAUACCGCACAAUAUUCCCACUACGAGUUCACUGAUAUUUCUCCAGCCUUUCUCAGUAUGGCCAAAGAGAAAUUCGGUGCAUAUCCUAAUAUGAAUUUUAGCCUCUUCAAUGUUGAAAAUGUAGCCGGGGAACAAGGUUACGAACCACAUUCGUAUGAUGUGGUUGUGGCAGCAAAUGUCCUCCACGCGACAAAGUCCUUGGACGCGACGCUAAGAGCAGUUCGCUCCCUACUAAAAAGACCCAAUGGGCCACUUCUUGCAGAGACACAAUGGGACCACGUCUUGAAGCAACAUGGAUUCUCUGGGUUGGACUUUGUCGCACACGACCAUGAGCGUGAGGGGGCCAAUAUGGUCAGCUGCAUUUUGUCCACUGCUACCGAAGAAAUAUCCGGCGCUACUGCAGAGACUGGCAUCCAUGUCAGGAUUGUGACGGGGUUUGAUCAGGCCCAUAAACCAAGCUUACCCUUCUGCCAGAUAGUACAGGAGGUCUCCGGAUGUCCAACAUGCAAAGUUGGGACGUUUGACGAUGCAUACCGCGAUGAAGCAUUACAAGCGCAGCUCCUUAUUGUCAUAUGCGACGGCAGGUCUUGGCCAAUGCUCGAUAGACUCGGCGACCAAGAAUACUAUGCGCUCCAGUCCACUCUUGUCAAAGCAAAGGCAGUCCUCUGGCUCAACGAGAUCCCGGAACCAGCACAGUGUCCUCAAGAGGCCAUGGUUACGGGACUUGCAAGGACCCUUCGCCUUGAGCGCCCAGGGUUCAUCUUCACAACAGCCAGCCUCAGUAGCAAGGAUGAGCAGAUCUCCCUCUUUGUCAGGCAGGUAUUCGAAAACACUGUAGAGGGAAUCCGAACUGGGGUUUACGAACCCGAGCUUGUCCAAAACUCUGGAUUCUUAGAAAUCCCCCGGGUCUACGAAGAUGAUGCACGCAAUCAAACAAUCCACACUUCAGUCUCCAGUAUUGAGCAGGAUGUACUAUUUGGGUCGAGGGACCUUGAGUUAAAGAUCCGGUCACCCGGACUGCUCGAAUCUCUGCAUUUUGAGGAGGUUCUUGGCAAAUCGUUCACCCCACUAGCAGCAGAUGAGGUUGAAAUUGAUGUCAGGGCCGUGGGUGUCAAUUUCCGUGAUCUACUCGUCGCGUUAGGUAGAGUCCCCGACAACAACCUGGGGUGUGAGUGCUCUGGCAUCAUCUCAAAGGUAGGCUCCGAGGGUCACCUCAAACCCGGUGACAAGGUUGUGGCUUUUCAUUCAGACCCCUUCCGCCGGGCCGUCCGUUGCAAGGCCUUCAUGGCCAUUCCUAUACCCGAGUCCAUGACUUUUACCGAAGCCGCCGCUAUCCCGAUCAACUUCAUGACGGCGUAUCGCGCCCUCAUCGAGGUCGCCCACUUGGCUGAAGGCGAGAGUGUCUUGAUUCACGGCGGGGCCGGCGGCACCGGGCAAGCCGCCAUUCAAGUCGCCCAGCUCUGCGGUGCCAAGGUCUACGUCACCGUGGGCUCCAAUCAUAAGAAGCAGCUUAUAAUGGAUCUCUACGACAUCCCUGCAGAAAACAUAUUGUACAGCAGGGACUUGUCUUUUGCCAAAGGAAUCAUGAGACUCACCGACGGGCAGGGCGUUGAUGUAGUCUUGAAUAGCCUCGCAGGCUCUGGCCUAUCAGCAUCAUGGGACUGCAUAGCACCUUAUGGGCGCUUCAUCGAAAUCGGCAAAAAGGAUAUUUUGUCCCGGCGCGUUCUUCCCAUGCACCCAUUCGCGCGAAAUGUCUCGUUUGCGGCAGUCGACAUCGCAAGCAUGGGCAAGGAGCGCCCUAGGAUGCUAUCAAGUAUGUUGUUAAAGAUACUUGACCUAUUUCAGAGUGGCAGGCUCAAAAGCGUCUUCCCAUUAAAGACCUUCUCGGUAGGCCAGGUAGAGGAGUCUCUACGCUACCUCCAGAGCGGAAUCAACGCGGGCAAGGCAGUGGUGGAAACGGAACCCCAGAUGCGAGUAAUGUCCUUAGCCUUUGCGCUGACGAAUCCCAUAAAGGCCACACUGAGACCCGAAACCUCCUGGAGUUUCGACUCUCAUGGCACCUAUAUCAUCGCGGGUGGCUUGGGUGGACUUGGCCAGAGUGUCGUCAAGUGGAUGGCCAAGAAAGGCGCUCGCCAUUUUAUUCUGCUAUCUAGACGAGGUGCCAAGAGCAAGUCAUCUACCGGGUUUGUUCAACGCAUUCUCGCGCAGGGGGUUAAUGUAUAUACACCUCCUUGUGACGUUUCUGACCCAUUCGCCCUUGGGGAAGUUUUGACUUGGUGUAAAGAUAAUAUGCCUCCUAUCAAAGGCUGCAUUCAAUCGUCAAUGGUGAUCAGAGACAUUGGCUUCGACAGAAUGUCUGCGCAACAGUGGAGGGAAGCAGUGCUUCCGAAAGUCGCAGGGUCCUGGAACUUGCACCAGCAGUUACCCCAGGACUUGGACUUUUUUAUUCUCUUCUCUUCCAUCACUGGAGUUGUAGGCUCUCAAAGUCAGCCAAACUACACGGCUGGGAAUACCUUCCAAGAUGCGCUUGCGCUCCUGCGCCAAUCGCAGGGGCUAGCUGGAGUUUCAGUUGAUCUCGCCGCCAUGGAAUCUGUUGGCUUCUUGGCCGACCAACGAGACGUGCUUGACCAGAUAGUCAAUAUCAAACAUACAAUGGCAAUGGUCGAGGGUGAGCUACUUGCCAUUCUAGAUGAGCAGUGUCGGCCUACGUCUUCCUCUUCCUCAACAAACUCCCGCCCAGCCCAGGUCAUUACUGGCCUCAAAUUGCCGUCACACCUGACCGCAACCGGGGGUCAAGAGGCGGCGUGGAUGGGCCAACCCAUGUUCCGGGCACUAUAUCAAAUCCCCGAUCUAUCUAUAUCCUCCGAGACGGCGUUGCACUCACACGAAAACAACGCCGAUCACGGCGUCACGCUGGACCGCCUACGCACUAUUUCAGACGCAAAUUCAACUUUGGAAAACAAGAUGGUAGCCGUCAAGGAGGUGCUGCUUCAUCAAAUCGCAAGAUUUCUCUCGCUCAGCCCAACCGAUAUGGACACGGCUCGACCCCUUCAUGGGUAUGGAGUUGAUUCACUGAUCGGGAUGGAACUACGCUCAUGGCUGCGCAAAGUUCUCCAUGUUGAUGUCUCUAUGUUCGAGAUUCUUGGAGGGGAAAAUAUAGACUCAAUGGCAUCAUUAGUAGCUAAAAGGAUGGACGUUGCUUAG